GGAGGUUUGUGGAUUUUUUAGUAUAUUUAUAUUCGUUCGUAUCCUCGAGGAACUCUAGGAGUAUGUAAAUGUUGCUUUUCUUUUAGCUUCCCAGACGAUGUUCCGAUCGUCCCCUUAGAAUUCCUGUCGGAUUCGCCGCUGACGGCAGCCGAUCUCUGUUCAGACCUCAGCUUAGGACUUCACGAUUCAGAACCGGACUCGUGGUCGCCGUACGUAGGAAAAGAAGUGUCCAGGAAGUUGAAGGAGAAAGAGAUCAAGAGGCAGGAGCACAUAUACGAGUUCAUACUGACUGAGAAGCAUCAUUGCAUGACGCUGUUGGUCAUGCAGAAGGUGUUUGUGGACGGGUUGCAGAAAUACUUCCAGCUCGGCCCCAACUUGGAGAGAAUGUUUCCAAGGCUGAACGAUCUGAUUGAUCUACACCUCAAGUUACUAUCCAAGCUCCGUCAAAGGCAAAGGGAAAGCCCCAUAGUUUCCUCUCUCGCCGAUAUUCUAUUGGAACAAUUUUCUAACGACCACGCGGAUAAACUUAAAUCAGCCUACGGGGAAUUUUGUAGCAGACAUAGGGACGCCGUAGAAAUCUACAAAUUUUACCUACAAAACGAUCAAAGAUUCGGCGAGUUCGUCAGGCACUGUCAAACUAACCCUUUGUUGAAGAAAAAGGGCAUACCGGAAUGUAUUCUGUUCGUAACCCAAAGGCUGACGAAGUACCCGUUGUUGAUUGAGCCAUUGAUCAAGACCAGCAAAGAGAAUAGACAGGAGCAAGAAGCUUUGCAAAAAGCGUUGUCGUUAGUUAAAGAGAUACUGAUCGAGGUGGACGCCCGGGUAGCUGAGAAGGAAAAGGAGGACAGGAAGUUGCAGAUUUACCAUAGGAUAGAUGCCAAAUCGUGUACCAUGCACAGGGGACACAAAUUCAAGAAGUCGGACAUCCUGCAAGGCAACAGAUCGCUGAAAUUCGAAGGCGUGGCCAUGUUGAUGCAAGGCAGAGGCAAGAUGCAAGUCGUUCUUGUGAUAGUACUUUCGGACGUUCUGUUUUUUCUGCACGAGAAUUCUCAAAAGUACACUUUUUUUACUCCUGACAAUAAGGCCGGCGUGGUAUCUUUGCAAAAACUACUAGUAAGAGAAAAGGCGGGUCAAGAUUCGAGAGGUAUUUAUUUGAUAUCUUCAAAUCCUGCAGACCCGGAAAUGUUCGAGCUUAAAGUACACAAACCAAAGGAUAAACAAGUUUGGAUACAAGCAAUACGGGAGGCUGUGCAAGCAUGUCCUGAGGACGAUGAAGAUCUGAAUAUGAAUGCAGAGGAAAGACAGAACGUGAUGGCUGCAAAGCAGAAUCAAGUUAGGCAUUUAAUAGGUUUAUUGCGGCAGAAGGAUAUAGAACAGGCGUUGCUGUUGGAAGAGAAAAUGUCAUUGCAACUGAAGCUGCUGGCAGCUGCAGGACUCGAACCUCCGUCACCGCCAUCCUAUAGGCAUCUAGUCAGCGAAAAUGCGGAUACGGGACAGAUGUGGAAGGAGGUCUUGACUGCCGUACAGGAGGUGAGCCAAUUGGCUAGCAGCCUGUACACGACCGGCACGAACCUGUCGCGCAGCGUUAGUUCCGCCGGCGAACACCACAGCGAGGCGUACGUGUCGCCGGUGUUGCCGAAACGCGCCGAGACGUUCGGCGGGUUCGACAAUCAGCCAAUCAGAUUGCUCGGGAAGAAGAUGAGCGGCGGCAGCGUCACGCAGCCGCCUACCAGCCAGGGCUCGCUUGCGGAACAGGAGGUUAUGCUCAGGCCGGGCGAUGCGAGGUUGUUUGAACGAUUGCCUUAUAGAAACUGUGUGAUAACCGGAGGGCCUUUGCAAAAUGGCAAUACAACGCUGCUAAAUAGCAGCAAUGAAAACGUGAUACCAGCGCAAUCCCAGCAACAACAAGUUCCUUUGUCCCACCAGCACAUGAGCACCCCGGAUGCUCCUGCGUUGCUAAAUUUGGGAAGAGAACAGCAAUACGCGGCUAUUCAGCUGUCGCAUUACGUUUACACUUUGCUGUGUAUCAUCUCGCAGCUGAUGACCACUAACGAAAGUCUUCAAGCUCAAAUAGUCACCUUGAGAGGAGGUGCAGAUUCAAAGCAAUAUAGGCAUAAUCAGCAACUAGAAGAAUUAAGAAAUUUACAAGACAAACUGAGCGGUGAAAAAGCCGCGUGGGCAGCUAUGCGAGACCAAGAAGCCAAAGAAUUAGAAGAGAAGAAAGCGGAACUAUUAAGAUUGCAGGAACAAAUCCGCGCCGACCAGUCGGACAUAGCCCAGCAACGCGAGCAGCUCUACCGCAAAAUGGAGAUACUGACCAGUCAGGGUCUGCUGAUAUCGCCGAACGUGGCCAUUCCUUUGACAGGAGCAGCGGCUGACGACAGCAGCAAGGAUAACAGUAGCAAGGAGACAUCGACGGAGGAUAGCAGUCCGCAGUCGGACACGUCGUCGACUGCCAGUGGCGGAGGGAAUACGUUGCAGAUGCAGGGUAGCGAGAGGAGAAAAGACGGCAAGUGGUCAAAAGCAGCUUCGACUACGACGCAAAAGGCCCACCUGCCUCUGAACCUGAUCUCGGCGACGAAUCAGCAAAAAGUGCAACAGAACGUGCCGAUCAAACAGCAGAUCCCUCUGAAGUUGGCCUCGAGACUGAGCAGUGGCGAAGCGGCCAAACCCGCUUCCGGACCGCAGCAAAUGUUGCCGUUGAAACUGAGCCAGGAUGAGAAGGUGAGAAGGACUAGUACGUCCGGAUACCAAAGGCUCGCGUCCGAUAACAGUUUCAGUCCUCCUUCCGGUGAAACGACUCCAACGGGUCAGAUGCACGCGCACAGUCGUACCGGUUCAAGUCCAGCCAUGAUGCAAGCGUCGCCACCAAACUCGACAGCUCCGAGUCAAUGUCAGAGCCCUACUAGUGCCAAAGCUUCAAGGACGCACACUUACCCGAAGUUACCGGAUAAGUUCAAGGUGCGUAAUGAUCAGCAGCCUCCCACAGACGAAGAAGUGAUAUACUUCUGACGACUCUCAAGUAGGACGAAACACUUUAUUUAUUCCCUGAUAAAUACGAGGAUGUGAAUGACUUUAAAUAUGCUGUAUGGAACUGUUAUAUUCUUGAAGAUUUUCCACAAUUUAUCUCCUUUAGUGUCUUACACUUAAGUUAAAAGGUUCGCUGUGUUAGAACCUCUAUGUACUAUUUUAUUAUUGUAUGUUGUUCCCGAGGCUGUCCAUCUUUUCUAUUGUUGUGUUGUACUUAGAAAUAUGUCGGUGUUAAAAACGGUUUCAGAAUUUAUAAACCUAAACGUUUAAUUUUGGUAAUACUUUAAAUGAUAAAAGGUUUUCUCUGACCUUCAAAGGUUAUAUGUUUGUAGUCACCGAACGUAAAACGUUCUGCGCUAUCCAUUUUGGGUUUCGAAAAGAUAGAAUCCUGUUAAAAAUGGCCUCGACUUUAAAAUGGUCAGUGCUAAGGUUAACUUCAAGGUCACUGUCAGAAAGCUACGGAAAAAUCCUGUGUUUGGGCAUAAUUUUUUCUGAUUAUAUUUACCGAUUAGAUAUUACACCUUUAAAGUCAAAAUUAUUUGGAAUUCACUAUUAAAAAUGGCUUUGAUUUUGAAAUGGUCUAGAAAGUUAAUGCUAAGGUCAAAUUUAAGGUCACCGUCAGAUAGCUAAGGAACAAUUCUAAGCCUCUGUUUGGGCAGAAUUUCUUUUGAUUAAUAAAAUAGGUACCAUACGAUUCUUUGGGUGAUUUUAAGACAAAAAUUGCAUAUAAACAUAAGCCCAAAAAUUCUUCGUUCUCAAGAUACAGGGUGUUGUAAGUAAGGCUAAGUUAGCUCCUCAAUGUGAUAAACAUCACUGUCAAAUUACAACAAAAUCAGGUAAAGGAUAUUCAAAAUAUUUACGAAAAACCGCUUUUUUAAAUUUUAACACCCUGUAUCUUGAGAACGAAGAAUUUUCCAUGUUUAUAUGAACUUUUUGUCUUAAAACCACCCGAAGAAUCAUCUGUUGAAUUUAUGGUACGUACUUAAUUAAAACCCUGUAUUUACCGAUUAGACUUCGAACUUCAAAGUCAAAAUUAUUCAGAAUUCAAAUAUAAACUUUUCUGCUCUGUCCAUUUCCGACAUUCACAAAUAUAGUCUUUUAAAAAAAUGGACUUGACCUUAGAGUGAUCUUGAAAGUCAAGAUCAAACAAGGUCACGGUCAGAUAGCCAUGGAAAAUCCUAUACCUACGCCUGGGUAGGAUUUGAUUAGUCUCGUGGUUCUCGAAAUUAUUCACCGAAUUCUAACUUUUUGAAUACCCUGUACUUAUUGCUUUACAUUUAAAAAGCUUCUCAAAAUCGUAUUUUAUUUUUGAUACUCGUAAUUUCCAAAUAGAGAGAUGGACAAUCUUGCCAAAAAAUACUUAUUUAUUUAGUUAUAGGUUGCAAUGAUAUUUAUGUGAUUCUUUUUUAUACAAUUUUUAUUUACACAUAUACAUAUUUUAUUCCUACAGGGUUGCGUUGGAAGUAAUGAGAGCAGCUGCCUUGCUGGACGAAAAAAAAUGUUAACCAUUUCGACGUUUUGUUACAUGGUUGAUAUAAAAAAAUCUCAUAAUUCUUUGACGUUUAAUAAAAAAGAUAGCCAGCAAAAUUUUUCGUAUCUCUCGAUGAGGCGCUUGUCAUAUAGGGGUCGAUUUUUGGCUAACGAACUCUAGCCACAACGCAAGAGAUUGUCUCAUUACUUACCAAACGUGCGCUAUACAUUUUUAAAAUUGAUUUUAUACUAUUUUUCCGUAUUUCUUGUGUGGUCUUCCUUUUUAGAAAUCAGUAUUCUCGAAUCAUACUCAAAUCUCAUGACAAUACGAUAUUCCUAGGAUACAACACUUUUCGUCUUUCCAAGAAAAAUUAGCGUGUAGAUAUUAACAUUUUCCUCUGAAGUUCUUGUAUAUAUGAGAAACGUUUAACAAUUUACACAUGAAAUCUUAGACAUGUUGAAUUCGAUGGUUGCCUUUCCGAUUACUUCUUAAAUGUUUUAUAAAUCGUUUUAGCAACGGAACCAACUUAUGUUUCGAUUUAAAUCGGAUUCCAAUGAUAUUUCCAGUAGUUCUAUUGUUUGUUUGCUAUACUUUAGGUUUCAAAAGAGAUGUCUACAGGGUGUCCCAAUAUACAGUAGUACCAGUCUAACGGACAAACAAAGCACUUUUGCAGAGGUAAAUCAUGUCCAAUCGACUUAUUUUGACUCGAAAAAUACCCUGUAUAUCAAUUUUAACCUUCCCAGAAAAAAAGUUUCAAGAAAAAGGCUAGUAAUGCACCUGGUAAUAGAUGGCACUUUGUGCUGUCUUAUUUUGAUAGAAGGUGUAAGGUUCAGAGAGCACAAUAAUGGUGACCUUGACAAUGAACUUCAAGGUCAAGGGAAUACUUUCAAAUAGAACCUCCCUUUUUCACAUCGGAAUUGGAAAAAGAAGCAAAUUUUACGUCCGAUCAUCACCUUGGCUAUGACCUUGACCAUUUUCCUCAAGUUCAUUGCAAGGUUAAAUGGGAACAAUUUGAUCUAGUAAAAAUGUUCGACGGCACGUUUGUGGGGACCUCCCAAAAGUGACCUUGACAAUGACCUUCAAGGUCACGUAAAAAUUGCCAAUCUGAUUUUUAUACUGGGAAUGGAAAAAGUAGGAAAUUUCAGAUAUGACUGUGACCUCAAAGUCAAGGUCGUGUCAAGCUCGAAUAUCACUCAAACGUAAAAUUUCCUGCUUUUCCCAUUUCUAGAAUAAUAUAAGACGUGAAUUUUGUUCUUCUUUUCAAGGGGUUCCAUUUGAAAAUAUUUACUUGACCUUGAAGAUCGUAGUCAAGGUCACCAUCACCCUCCGAAAGCCAAUAACGUUCGUUUGAAACUUUUUUCUAAAAUGCGCAGUUUUCGAAAUAUUUCGUUGGGGAAAUUCAUCUAAAUAUAAAUGCCUGCUUUAUAAUUUUUAUAAAAUUCAAUAUUGAAAAACUUAUGAUUCAGCCUCCUAUUUUUUAAAUUUACUACUGAGAAAAAGGUAAUUCCAAUUCUUCACAAAGGCACAAGUUGGUUCUGAUAUUUGUUGUAUGUUAGAGUAUAUUACUGAAUGGUGAAGUUGGAAUAAGGAAAUCCUAUAUGACCCAAAUUUAGAUGUAGCUCGAAUUAUAGUCGUUUUUUAAUUGAGCCCUUUUUUACUGCUGCUUCUUAGAUUUUGAGUUACUUCAUUGAUUCAACGCCUUUAUGGUAAAACAUUAUUGAAGUUAGUUUUCAGGCCAGGAAAUAGGUAAUUUUUCCCCACAAUAACGUAAAAAAACUACUUUUUAUAGCAAGUUUUAUUCUCUACAUAAAUUGUAGUGUUUUAUACUGUUGGAAUUCUCAGUUCAACCAAGCGAGAAAUAUCAUUAUAUUUACCUUAAAUUUCUCGUAACCUGUUGACUAUAUAAUUUUUAUAGAAGCAAAAUGAUAAAGAAUUUAAUUCCCUACAAAAUUGUCUGAAAUGAGAUGUUUUCUUGAUGUUGUAUAACAUUUACAUCACUAAAAACUUGCACCUGAGAAGUACCGGUCGGAAAAAUCGCUCGAUUUUCGUUUUUUUACGUUUUUGAAGUUCUCUUCAUGUCGAUCGAUACUUCUCGAAUGCUCCCGAUCCUUCUCGAUGAUGCACUCUUGACGCGGCGUAACUCUGGUCGCCAAAACGUCUCAUCGUUAAUCAAGGUCCCACUUACGAGGACGUUGCAAUAUAAAAUCCACCUGUUUCCUGGCCUACUUUGUGAUCGAAGCUAUCAUUUAUUGGGCAUAAAUGUUUAAAGGGUCAUUGCAACAUUACAAGCUGUUGGUUAUUGUCAUUUUAUCCAGUAUUCCUCACUAGUUCAACAAUGUACAUUUCUUGUGAUUCAUCAGGAGGUUAUUUAAAAAAAAGUUCUUUAGGGCAGAAUAUAACUGUUAGGAUUGAACUUCCAUUUCCGAGGUUGAACAAAACUAUUUUUAUAAUGCAUUUAGUUGAAGAGCAUCGCAAUCUCUAGGAUUUCAGAUUAGUGCGAAUAGAAAAAAUAGGCGCACGCCCCUAACACUCAACCUCAAUAAACCCAUGAGUGUAACAGUGCUGAAAGAUUGCUUUGUAAUGUUUUACAAAGUAUACAACAACAAGUAAACAACUUAGCAUAGCAGUAGAAUAUUCUAUGGCACAUCCCGCUGAAUCGGUCUUGUUUGAUCCCAACCAGAGCUCAUCAUGGGCAUUUACCGAGGAUAACUUCUGAGGCGGAAUAAUACGAAGUGAAUCUUGACAUAACGAGCUCAAAGCUAACACAGUAGUAGAUUCGUUUGAAUGACUUACUUAGUUUGCUGUGAAGACAAUCAGUUUCUCCAGAAAGAUCGGAAGAAGACACAAUAUCCAACGUAAAAAUACAAAGAGAUGCACCACUCGCCUGAACAACUACAAUUGCUGAAAGGUUGUUUUGUAAUUAUGUAGUAAGUAUACAGGAUGCGUCUUUAGGCAUACAAAAAGUGUAUCCAAAAAAUGCAUGUUUGGAUCACCGUGUAGUUACGAAUCACCCAGUACAGAUAAGAAUAUUUUCCAGAAAAUAAGAAAUGUCUGGCAUCCCCGGGAUCUUUCAGUUUUAACCAAUUUUUUAUAUAAACUGCAUUUGAACGAUGGGUUAAUUGAGGUAUUCUAUGUGUUAUGGAACGAGAGCCUAAAUGUAAAUGCUGGAACUAUUUUAAGCAGUGUGAAAUAAAACAGCAAUCUCGAAUAUUUUGCCAGGUUAUACUUUAAAAAUCAUGCUGUCCCAUUUUCGUACUUCAUUUUAAGUAGUUUAUUUAUGAAAUUCUGACAGUAUUAAGUUCAUACUGUAGCUUACCUCACAUAGCUUUUAUGUGAAAAAAUCUAAUAAAAAUAUUUUAAUCUACAAACUACCAAUCGGCCAUAGUCAUAAUUUUUCGGAAUCUUGUUAGAGAUCUUUUUCACAAAAAAUGCAUCCGAUUUAUAGUACUUAAGAAACUUGAAACUUGCAAUAAAUAUAUGUACGUCGACUGAAAUAAUGAUAAAAAGUGAAUCGUGUCGUUAUAUAUUUUUCUUUCAAAGCUGAUAUAAUACUGCGUCCUAAGUGGAAACGUUUUUUAUAUUAUUUAAUCUCCGAAUUAUUUAAAUAAUUCUAUUUAAUCAAAACGUUAUUUUCUGUUGAUGUGUUUUUAGUCUAACCAAAUAACACGACUGAAUCAUUUAAUUUUUUCAACUAAAUUGACUUAUGAAAUGAUUGAAACUUUCAGUACCUUAAAGUAGUUUUUGGACAUGUAUUUUUUUGUAUCCAUGAUUGCCAAAAAUAAGUUUUCCGCAUCAAAAAUCUUAUAUGUCCUGUUAUUUGUUGUAUAUAUACAAAAUAGUCUAACAAAAAUCAUUCAAAUAUUAUUCGUUGCAUUCCAUGUAUCCUACUGGGCGAGUAGAUUAAAAAAAAUCAACGAAGGUUUAACUUAUUCAAGAAAUUUUAUGGAUAGAUGUGUUUCUGUCUCUUUUUAUUGGUAUAUUUUCUUAACUAAUCAGUAUGCAUGUAUAUAAG